AUGGCCGAGAAGACACUGGAUUCAGAGCGUGAAGAAGGUACGGUUGGUAUUGGCGUCACCUGGCCGAUCGCGACACCGAUACCACUUCUCGAGAGUGUUUGGCGGCCUUUCCUAUCGGCGUCAUCGUCGUCGCCCGGAUCAUACCAGAUAUACAAGACUGUGGCCAUGGUGCUGAUAAUUGCUGUCCUGCUUCACAGAGUGGUUCUCAGGAAACAGACCAAGAAAUACCACCUCUUCCCAGGCUGGGCGGCACUGGAGAUCGCCGUGGUCAGCCACCUCACCACCCGUGGCGGUCUCGGGAGACGUAUAUAUACCGCAAUUCGACGGCGUGGUGGCGGUUCGCUCUACGGGCUGACUUGGACGCAUCAGGUCCUCGUCAAUCUCCCAGACGCCGACGUGGACCGCAUCAUGGCGCAGUCCCACCACACUCUCAGCGCCGAACCAGUCCAGUAUACAUUGUUCACGCGCGUGUUUGGCGCGACCGACUCGCCCGUGUUGAAAGCGAAACUCGAAGAUUCCUGGAGAGACCUUCUCGGUCCCGUCGAGAGGAUGUUCCUCGAUGACGCUGCUGCGACGGCGGCACUGGAGAAGGGCGGCGGCGUUUUCCAAAAAGCCGCUGGAUUCGUCUCCUUCUCUUCGAACCCGAAGCGGAUGAGGCGUUGGGAACUGUCUGCCGACGUUCGAGUCGUCAAGCCCGAUUCGCCUGGUAGGCCGGGAGCCGUCGAAGCCAACCUCCAGAGCCUGGCGCGGGACUUCGGAGCGUGUAUUGCCAUUCCCCUGCUCUACGGACAGGACUUUUUGGCCCGGUACCCUGGCCUUCUGGACGGUUUUUGGAACUUCGACAAUGACCUGUUUCCGUUACUGGCGGUGGGCGUUCCGACCUGGCUCCCGAUCAAGGUCGUGAGGGACGGGCUGGCGGCGAGAUCUCGCCUGCUCAAGGAGACGGAGGCGCUCUAUCGACGCAUCGACCAGUAUCAGCAAGGACAGCAAGUGGACUUUGGCGCCGACCUGACUGACAUCAGCAGGGUGGCGUUGGAUCGCAACCGCAAUGCCAACACACAGUCACUGCUCUUUUGGUUGCUGGUGUACGUCUAUUCCACGCCUGGCCUCUGCGCCAGGAUCCGAGAGGAGAUGGAACCGUAUGUUGAUAUUGCCGUCACCGCCAGCACAGGGGACGGAAACAGAUCAGAAAUCACAUCGGUCGAUGCGUCCGGGUUAUGUCGUGAUUGUGUCUUGUUGAAGGCGUGCGUUUUCGAGACUUGCCGUAUGGCCAACGAGGCGACGUCGAUCCGAUACGUCGCACGCCCCUUUACCAUCAACGAGACCGACGGUGCAGUUACAACAACAGCGAGUGCUACUCGUGCACACAAGCUCGAGCGGGGCAUGUUCGUCUCGGUGCCGCACUCCCUCGGACAGCGUGAUCCGUCCGUGUACGUGGACCCAGACAAGUUCAACCCAGACAGGUUUCUAGAGGUCGAUCAACGAGACUCCAAUGGCACGUUGGUCGCGCGAUACGGCAGGCUUAAACCGUGGGGUUCGGGAGCCGCCAUGUGUAAAGGACGCACGUUUGCCGAAAAGCAAAUCAUGCUCGCGGCCGCAGCUAUUAUUGGGCUCUGGGAUAUUUCACCUGCAGGUGACGGUGGUGAUUGGGAGGUGCCAGAUAUGAUGCCGGGCACUGGCGUGAAGAAACCAAAGAAUGAUGUUCGAGUUGUCAUUACUCCGAGACAUUCUGGGCCUCGGUUACACUGUCUCUAA